AUGAAGAAUGUGCGCUGGUCAACCGUUACAGUGUACGAAUUUGGCGUGGGUUUAGGAGGAAGUGCAGUGCCUAAGCUUGGUGGUCCUUCAGUUGGCCUGGCAUGGAAACCUCGAUGUAUAUGGAGCACAUCUCUCGACAAUACGGUGAGGACAGAGUACGACAAGGUGGAGGAGGACGAGAAAGCGCUGGCAGUUGUGAGAACAAUGAAAAGUGACGGUAAGAAAGACAGAGCCAAACAUAAACCUAGACGCCGCAAGGUGCGCUGGAUUAAGCCUCAGGAGCGAAUUACGAUGCUAACGAAGGCUGGCUGCAGCGAGAAGCGUAUAUACCGCAUGAUGAUGGAGUCAUCAGAGAUUGCUAUGUCUCGACGUCUGACGCUGCGAAUUUUGGACAUUUAG